CAACGUUUGUUACCGGGUGAAGAGCACAGGAAAGAGGUACGACUUGUCAGUUGGUUUUUAGCAACAGCAAUCUCUUUCCCUUUUAUUUGGCAUAUAUUUUUGUCAUAACUACAACACCACAGCGAUAAGGAUUUAUUUUUGAUACCUCACCACAAUAGGAAGUGAAACUACAGCGGAGAGGACGUUGUUGAGCCAGAGACACAAACUUACCUUCCUCCUGAACUGCCUGACCGGCUGAAACCUCGAUUGCCAUGGCAGCCAAUGGAGCAAAGUGUGAGCAGCCACAGAAACGGGCUGGAGCCAAAGGCAAACAGAAUGGCAAAGCAAUAGACUCUUCAGUUAGAGAGAGGCGACAGAGGGAUAAGGAGGAGCGCCUGUCUCUGGUGGUUUGGAGGAGGCCCGUCACCACAAUACAUUACUUCCUUCUGGAGACCCUCAUCAAGCUAAAGGAGUGGACGUUUCAGCUUUGGCAGCGACGAGGCCUGGUGUCCUUAGUUCUGGUGUUAUGUUCUCUGUUCUCCUUCGCCUACUCCACGGAGGGCUCACACCAACAAUGGGUUAGCUACCUGGAGAAGAGGUUUCUAUGGUGUGCGUACUGGGUGGGUCUCGGGAUCCUGUCCUCAGUGGGCCUCGGGACCGGCCUGCACACGUUUCUGCUCUAUCUGGGUCCUCACAUAGCAUCAGUGACUCUGGCAGCGUACGAGUGCAGCUCCACAGACUUCCCCGAGCCUCCGUACCCGGACCAGAUCGUCUGUCCUCAGGGCGGGGGGCUGGAGGGAAGCAUCUCCCUCUUCUCCAUCAUGUCCAAGGUCCGCCUGGAGGCCUGCAUGUGGGGUGCAGGCACCGCCAUCGGAGAGCUGCCUCCGUACUUCAUGGCCCGAGCCGCUCGGCUGUCUGGAGCUGACCCAGAGGACGAAGACUACGAGGAGUUUGAGGAGAUGCUGGAGCAGGCCGAGGGCGCUCAGGGUUUGGUCACAAGAGCAAAACUGGGAGUUCAGCAUAUGGUGCAGAAAGUUGGAUUUUUCGGGAUCUUGGCUUGCGCCUCUAUCCCCAAUCCUCUGUUUGACCUUGCUGGAAUUACUUGCGGUCAUUUCAUGGUUCCCUUCUGGACCUUCUUUGGAGCUACUCUGAUUGGGAAAGCUGUCAUCAAGAUGCAUAUACAG